AUGGUGGUGCUGGUUGUUUACGUGGAUGACAUUGUUGUGACUGGUUCUGAUCAAGAUGCUAUUUCUAGGAUCAAAAAUCUGUUGCACUCAACUUUUCAUAUGAAAGAGUUGGGCCGUCUCACUUAUUUCUGGGGUUUAGAGGUGCAUUAUCAUCAUGAAGGUGUUUUUCUAAAUCAACAAAAGUAUAUUCAAGACUUGGUCCAGCUAGCUGGUCUCACAAAUGCAACCCAUGUUGACACUCCCAUGGAAGUUAAUGUUAAAUAUAGAAGAGAUGAAGGUGACCACCUUGAUGAUCCCACUCAAUAUCGCAAACUGGUGGGAAGUCUCAUCUAUGUAACUAUCACUCGCCCAUAUAUUUCUUUUGAUGUACACACAGUUAGUAAGUUCAUGCAAGCUCCACGACAUUUUCAUCUUUCAGCAGUACAACGGAUCAUUAGAUACCUCCUUGGCACCCCAAAGCGUGGUUUAUUUUUUCCUGUUGGUUCAUCAAUUAAACUCCAAGCAUAUAGUGAUGCCGAUUGGGCAGGCUGUCCAGACACAAGAAAAUCUACUACUGGCUGGUGUAUGUUCCUAGGAAAUGCUCCUAUUUCAUGGAAAUGUAAGAAACAAGAUUCAGUCUCAAAAUCAUCCACUGAAGCAGAAUACCGCGCAAUGUCUGCUGCUUGUUCUGAAAUAAUAUGGUUGCGUGGACUUCUAACAUAA